GGUAUAUAAUGUAAUUUUAUUUGCAAAUCGUGAAUCGUGAUUGACGUUUAUUGUAUAUACAUAUACAUUCGAUAUCGUGGUCUGAUGCGUAUCGUGCAAGGUUUAAAGAUGAAAAAAACUAUUUACAGAAAUAAAUUACUUGACUAUAUAGCUAUUCGGUUCAAAGUGUGACUGAAGUGAGACAGUGUGAGAGAGAUAUCAAUUGAGUCAAAAGCAGUCAAAGAGCGUACCUAGACCAUGUCGUGCAAAAUGGAACUUGUAAAAGCUGUUUUGGAGAAAAUAGCGAAUAGCAAAGGCUUUGGUCGAUGUAUGAAAAAUGUGAGAUUACUGUCAGCUGGCGAUGGAAAGUGCAAAGCGCAAUUUACUGUGGCGGAAGAGCACUUAAAUCUCGGUGGUUUUUUACAUGGUGGUUUUACCACUACCAUUAUAGACUGUGUAUCUACAUAUGCAUUAAUGACUCACAAAACUGAACCUCCUCCCGGUGCUUCUGUAGACCUGCAUGUGACGUUUUUGAAGGCUGCAUUUCCUGGUGAAACAGUGACGGUCGAUGCUAAAACUGUGCGUACCGGGAAGACAUUGGCUUUCCUCGCAGUGGAGCUUACAAAGAACGACGGUAAGGAUGUGGUUGCUCGUGGGCAACACACAAAGUAUCUCGCAUCGGUUAGUAAAUGAAACUAGAGGUUAUUAGCUUGAUUUAUAAAUGUCGAUAAAUGUAUAUAGUGUACCUAAUGUACAUAUCCAACGUACGUAAUAAAAAGUGCAGGAGUUUUA